AUGUUUUUCACCCUUCUGGCAACAAUAGCAUCAAAAGAUUGGCUCGAAUUCAAACUGGAAGAUUAUGAUGCACUUGUUGCAAAUAGCACAAAUAGACCUAUUUUCGCCCUAAUGCAUGCAUAUUGGUGUCCAAUGUGUCAUGGACAGAAAGAAAGGUUCAAGGCAUUUUACAAUAAACAGAGCAGUAAGUUAAAUAUGACAUUCUCACUCAUUCAUUGCGAUGAUAGAGAAUGGUGCCGUCGCCAAGGUGCUUAUUCAAUUCCAUACUGGUUUGUUAUGUAUGGAUCAGAUCCAUUUAAGUGGAACCAUACUACUAGUACAGAUAUUCGUCAGUGGCAGAAAUUAGUAAACGAAGCAUCUUAUAAUUUCGAAAGAGCUAAAACUUUAAGAGCUGCUGAAGAUGCAACUAGCGCAGAAAGAAAGCAAAACUUGUAA